CUUCACCCCAGUCCCAGACCUGCUCCCUCCGCCGCUUUUCUCCAUCGGAACCCCUUCGUGGAGAUCUUCAUUGCCAAGCUUGGGUUCAGCGCCUGGCAUGGUCAUGGUGAGGCGAGACGCUUGCCCUGAGCCUCGAUGGAUGCCAGUUGCAUUGAACGACCGCUGCGCAUCCUGCUCCUCCUCACCACGCGUCGACCCUUCGAGCCAAUUGCCUUGAAGCGAUGGCGUAGCGCUUCAGAGCGUUUUUGUGGCCUUCGUCGUCAUCGCCGACAUCCUGAAAGGCACUGGCAUCGUGUCUGCGUUGGAAAGGUCCUCCUGUUCAUGCUGCUCCUGACCAGGCCUUGGGAUCAGCUUCGAUGCCUUUGUGGCGAGAACGGCGCGAGCAAAAGAAGGCUGGUUGAAGGCUGCUCCACCAGCCACGUCAUCGACAUGGCCUCUGCGAGGUACAAAAGGAGGCGCGCCGCCUGUCCUUGCCCAUCGCUUCCACCUCAGGAUGCGCUGCAUUGCCAAAAAGUCGUGAUCCUAAGGCUGGCUUUGGAGCUGGGACAUCGUGCUCCCCACGAGGCCGAUGAUCUGGGUCCACGGCUGGGACCGAAGAUCAAGACCGCAAAGAUCACCAAGCGGAAAAUGCUCAUCGCACACUGGGGAUGGCAGGGCUUCUUCAGAAAGCAAAAGGUGGAAAAUCUUGAUUCUUGAAUGAUCGGUUCUGUGUGAACCACAUAAG